AGGAUGGCUGCGACCUGGAGACUGGAGCCCGCGGGCCGCUGCAGCUGGGACGAGCCCGUGCGCAUCGCCGUGCGCGGCCUGGCCCCGCGACAGCCCGUCACGCUGCGCGCGUCCCUGCGCGACGAGACGGGCGCGCUCUUCCGGGCCCACGCGCGGUACGAAGCCGACGCCGGUGGCCUCCUGGACCUGGAGCGCGCGCCCGCGCUGGGCGGCAGCUUCGUGGGGCUCGAGCCCAUGGGGCUGCUCUGGGCCCUGGAGCCCGAGAAGCCCCUGGUGCGGCUCGUGAAGCGGGACGUGCAGACGCCCUUCGCCGUGGAGCUGGAGGUGCUCGACGGCCACGAGCCCGACGCGGGUCGCGUCCUGGGCCGGACGGUGCACGAGCGCGACUUCCUGCGGCCGGGCGUGCGGCGGGAGCCGGUGCGCGCGGGCCGGGUGCGCGCCACGCUCUUCCUGCCCCCAGGUGCAGGACCCUUCCCCGCGAUCAUCGAUCUGUUUGGAAGUGGUGGUGGCCUUUGUGAAUAUAGGGCCAGCCUCCUGGCUGGACAUGGUUUCGCUGUGCUUGCUUUGGCUUACUUCAGAUUUGAAGACCUCCCUGAGCAUUUGGAUGUUAUGCACCUGGAGUACUUUGAAGAAGCUGUGAACUUCAUGCUGCAGCAUCCACAGGUGAAAGGCCCAAAUGUUGGGCUCCUUGGCUUCUCCAAAGGGGGUGACCUGUGUCUCUCAAUGGCCUCUUUCUUGAAGGGCAUCACAGCCACGGUCCUUAUCAAUUCCUGUGUGGCCAACACAAUAGCUCCUCUGCAUUACAAGGAUAUGAUUAUUCCCAGUCUUGGCAGUGACCCAGGGAGAUGUACAAUUAAUGAGUCGGGACUUUUCCAGUUUGUAGAUUAUUGGGACAACCCACUGGAGGAACCCAAUCACCCAAGUAUUAUUCCAGUGGAAAGGGCCCAGGGGCCCUUCCUGUUCAUUGUUGGCAUGGAUGAUCAAGACUGGAAGAGUCACGUCUAUGCUCAGAUAGCCUCUGAACGGUUACAAGCCCAUGGGAAAGACAGACCCCAGAUAAUCUGCUACCCAGGGGCUGGUCAUUGCAUUGAUCCACCUUACUUUCCUCCUUGCAGAGCUUCUGUACAUAGAGUGUUAGGCAAAGCAGUCCUCCAUGGAGGUGAGCCAAAGGCUCAGUCAAGGGCACAGGUAGAUACCUGGCAGCAAAUUCAGACGUUCUUCCAUAAAUAUCUCAGUGGUGAAGCAUCUGCCCAGUCCUGCAAAAUAUAA